AUGAGGGCAUCGUCCAUGCUGCGCUUCAGCGCCGUCAGCCGCCUCUCAACGCCUCUGCUCUCACGACGCAGCCUGGCAACCCACGCACCAGUCAACCCGGCCAGCGGAACCUACAACCUGGUCGAAAAGAUCGUUCAAAAGUACGCCGUCGACCUGUCUGCCGGCUCGCACGUCAAGUCAGGCGACUACGUUUCCAUCCGACCAGGCACCGUCAUGACGCACGACAACACUGGACCCGUCAUCUCCAAAUUCGGCUCCAUCGGCGCCACUUCCAUCUACAACCCAGACCAAGUCGUCUUUGCCCUCGACCACGACGUCCAGAACAAGUCGGCGAAGAACUUGGAGAAGUACAGCAAGAUCGAGAGCUUUGCGCGCAAGCACGGCAUCGACUUCUACCCUGCCGGAAGGGGUAUCGGACAUCAAGUCCUCGUCGAGGAAGGCUAUGCUUUCCCUCAGACUUUGGCGGUGGCAAGCGAUUCGCACUCGAACAUGUAUGGUGGUGUCGGGUGUUUGGGCACACCGAUCGUGAGGACGGAUGCAGCUGCUAUCUGGGCCACGGGUCAGACAUGGUGGCAGAUCCCGGAGGUGGUCAAGGUCGAGUUGAAGGGAGAGCUGCCGAAAGGCGUCACUGGUAAAGACGUCAUCGUUGCGCUGUGUGGGUACUUCAACAAGGAUCAGGUGCUCAAUGCCGCCAUCGAGUUCCACGGAUCCGGUCUCACGUCUCUCUCGGUCGAGGAGCGUCUUGCCAUCGCCAACAUGACGACCGAAUGGGGUGCCCUCGCUGGUCUCUUCCCCACAGACGACGUCACCCUCUCCUGGUACGAGAAACAAAUCCGCAAGCGCGACAAGCUCGAGUUUCAAAUCGGCUCCUCCCCAUCCCCAUCCAGCUCUCACCCGCGCCUCAACAUGCACCGUCUCGACGAGCUCUCCCGCACUCUGCUUCGACCCGACUCCGGCGCGCUCUACUCUAAACACCUCACACUCGAACUCGCCACCCUCGUUCCCCACGUCAGCGGACCCAACUCAGUCAAGGUUUCCACACCGCUCGACGAGCUCACCUCUCAAAACAUCGCCAUCAACAAAGCCUACCUCGUCUCGUGCGUCAACUCGCGUGCAUCUGAUCUCAAAGCGGCCGCCGACGUGAUUCGAGGUAAGAAGGUCGCUCCCGGUGUCGAGUUCUACGUCGCUGCAGCGAGCAGCGUCGUUCAGCGCGAGGCGGAAGAGGCUGGAGAUUGGGGUGCUCUGAUGGCUGCUGGAGCCAAACCUCUGCCAGCCGGAUGUGGACCGUGCAUCGGAUUGGGCGUUGGGCUCCUCGAGGAUGGAGAGGUGGGUAUCUCGGCUACGAACAGGAAUUACAAGGGUAGGAUGGGUAGUCCGAACGCUCAGGCGUACUUGGCGAGUCCUGCUGUGGUAGCUGCUUCGGCGAUCGAGGGCAAGAUCUGCGGACCGAACGAUCUGGAUCUGAGCUUGUUGCCUCCUUCGAGGGGUCUCAAGUAUUCGAUCUCGACGGCGCAGGAUGCGAGUGCUACCGCUUCGACGGAAGCAUCUGUUGGAGGUGUCGAGAUCCUCGAUUCCUUCCCUAAAGCCUUCUCGGGUCCGCUUAUCUUUGCUCCUCAAGACAACCUGAACACGGAUGGAAUCUAUCCCGGCAAAUACACUUACCAGGACGACAUCACUCCCGAGAAACAAGCCGAAGUGGUGAUGGAGAAUUACGAUCCAACGUUCGCCUCCACCGUCUCCACCCUCCGACCGUCCUCCUCAUCCGGCAGCUCCUCUUCGCUGAAAGAAGGACCGAUCCUGAUCGGAGGCUACAACUUCGGCACCGGAUCCUCCCGCGAACAAGCGGCCACAGCGCUCAAGUACGCCGGCAUCCCGCUCGUGCUCGCCGGAUCCUUCGGCGACAUCUUCAAACGCAACGCCAUCAACAACGGUCUCAUCUGCCUGGAAUCCCACGAACUCGUCCAAGACCUCACCAAGCUCUACCUGCCCAACGAAGGCGGCGUGAGAAAUCACAAGGCGAUCCUGCUGGAAGAAUCCAAGGUGGAGAUCGACUCGAGUACGGGUGCCAUCAAGUUGAGCUUCAAAGGACCCGAUGGCGAAAGGGUGGAGAAAAAGUAUAUGGCUAAACCGGCGGGUAUCGGCAGGAGCGUUCAGGAGAUCUAUACCGCUGGUGGACUGGAGAAGUGGGUCAAGGAGAGGAUCUGA